GCACGUAUGAAACAGGGCCUAGAAACCUUGGAGCAAAGAUCGCUGCAAUCCAGUGUCCAUCUGGGUUCGUCAUCAUGGCAUCCCGGAAUCAAGACGGGUUUCGCGAGCCACCACCGAGUUAUCACGCUUCAAACCCCUCUGAUGAUACAAAUCCGCCUCCCUACCACAACUGGCAGGAAGCUGUCCCAGAUACAACCACCUUCCCUCCGCCUCCGAUAACAGGCUACUACUGUUCCGGCACGGGGAAUGCUUCUAGUAACGAUGCCAAACGUGCCCAUGAGUUUUGUGACGGGACCCCUCUCUAUACCCCAGUUAAACCGUCUAAUGCUGUAUACAAUUCCGUGCAAGUGCAUGAUGUCCGUCCGGUGCAGCCUCAGGAAUUCUCUGGCAGCAUACGCCUCCUCUCCCCCGGACGUUGGAAAGUGGCCACAGAAGAUGGGAACCGUGACUGUUCGAUUUGGACCAAUUUGCCUCUCUUCUUUUCUAAAGCAGACUCGCCUUGGCUGACAAAUAGAAGCAAAACCAUCUAUUUCGAAGCGAAGCUGGUUGGCCUCCGCAGAGGACCAGUGGCAGAUUCCAGUGGUUUCAGUAUUGGCUUUUUAGCACAACCUUAUCCUAGCUGGCGCUCUCCGGGCUGGGAGAGGGGGAGCCUGGGGGUUUUUUCUGACGAUGGAUGUCGUUUCGUCAACGACUCAUGGGGAGGAAAGGAUUUCACAGCUGGAUUCAGAGCCGGGGAGACAGUAGGCUUGGGGAUGACGUUCCAGCUUCCGGGAAAGUCCGAGCGAAUCGCACAAGGUGAAAAGAAAAGUCUGAUGACUGAAGUAUUUUUCACUCGAGGGGGCCGCAGGGUUGGCGGCUGGGAUCUCCAUGAGGAACAGGAUGAGGAAGCUGGGGGCGUGAAGGGACUUGAAGGUGACUUUGACCUAUAUGGCGCCGUUGGAUUUUUUGGGGGUGUUGAUGUUGAAGUGAAUUUCAACCGUUCGCACUGGCUCUGGAACCCAUUGUCUUGAACUUUCAUACACUUUGUGUUUGCGAGCCCUGCCGGAUUAGAGAAUUCAAAAUUUUCUUUUCUUUUCUUUUCUUUUUAUCAUAAGAAUUGUGCCUUAGAUGUAUGUUUGGG